UCUAAACUCCUACGAGAAGCUGUAAUGGCCAAAACGACUAUAUUGCACAGAAGAGGUAACUCCGGUUGACGGAGGCCCGAGGAUUCUGGUCCAUGAGCUUGCUGUCCCCUCCCCAUCGGAGGCCCGCCCUGGACUGGCAGGACCCUCCUCCCCGCCGUCCCCAGAAGACCCUGCACAAACUUCUGGGAAGUGGAGGCCAGGGAACCGCAAAUAGCCAAGGGCCAGGCGCGGCAUGUGGAUGAGGGGAGGGCUCCUGCAGCCCAUAGGGCGCCGGGAGACCAAAGGGAUGGUGUGGCUCACACCUCCAAGACUCUGACCGGAAAGCUGAGAUCGCGCGGGAUCUCGCAACCGCGCGACCCCGCAGCCUUCCCGCCAAACUAACAUCCAAUCAGGAUGAGCCACACUCCACGAGUCACGCAUCCACCAAUCAGAAGAGGGAUACUGGGGCCCGGCCCACCCUGCGAAGCAGCGAGCCAAUGGGCAUUGUGGCCGGUGACUGUGAGUCUUGCAAGUGAGCGCGCGGAGCAGGGGCAGUUGGACUGCGGCAGCGGCGGUUGCGGUCGGACCCUCGGCGGAGCUCACCAUGCGCGAGUGCAUCUCUAUCCACGUGGGGCAGGCAGGGGUUCAGAUCGGCAAUGCCUGCUGGGAGCUGUACUGCCUUGAACAUGGAAUUCAGCCCGAUGGUCAGAUGCCCAGUGACAAAACCAUCGGCGGUGGGGACGACUCGUUCAACACGUUCUUCAGUGAGACUGGGGCCGGCAAGCACGUGCCCAGAGCCGUGUUUGUGGACCUGGAGCCCACCGUGGUUGAUGAAGUGCGCACGGGGACCUACAGGCAGCUCUUCCACCCGGAGCAGCUGAUCACCGGGAAGGAAGACGCAGCCAACAAUUACGCCAGAGGCCACUACACCAUCGGCAAGGAGAUUGUCGACCUGGUGCUGGAUCGGAUCCGCAAACUGGCGGACCUGUGCACGGGGCUGCAGGGCUUCCUCAUCUUCCACAGCUUUGGGGGCGGCACCGGCUCGGGCUUCGCAUCUCUGCUCAUGGAGCGGCUCUCGGUGGACUACGGCAAGAAGUCCAAGCUGGAGUUCGCCAUUUACCCGGCCCCCCAGGUCUCCACGGCCGUGGUGGAGCCCUACAACUCCAUCCUGACCACGCACACGACCCUGGAGCACUCGGACUGCGCCUUCAUGGUGGACAACGAGGCCAUCUACGACAUCUGUCGGCGCAACCUGGACAUCGAGCGGCCCACCUACACCAACCUCAAUCGUCUGAUCGGGCAGAUCGUGUCCUCCAUCACAGCCUCCCUGCGCUUCGACGGGGCCCUCAACGUGGACCUGACGGAGUUCCAGACCAACCUGGUCCCCUACCCCCGCAUCCACUUCCCCCUGGCCACCUACGCCCCGGUCAUCUCGGCCGAGAAGGCCUACCACGAGCAGCUGUCUGUGGCCGAGAUCACCAACGCCUGCUUCGAGCCGGCCAACCAGAUGGUCAAGUGUGACCCUCGCCACGGCAAGUACAUGGCCUGCUGCAUGCUGUACAGGGGAGACGUGGUCCCCAAAGACGUCAACGCGGCCAUCGCCACCAUCAAGACCAAGCGCACCAUCCAGUUUGUGGACUGGUGCCCGACUGGGUUCAAGGUGGGCAUCAACUACCAGCCCCCCACGGUGGUCCCAGGGGGAGACCUGGCCAAGGUGCAGCGGGCCGUGUGCAUGCUGAGCAACACCACGGCCAUCGCCGAGGCCUGGGCCCGCCUGGACCACAAGUUCGACCUCAUGUACGCCAAGCGUGCCUUCGUGCACUGGUACGUGGGGGAAGGCAUGGAGGAGGGCGAGUUCUCGGAGGCCCGGGAGGACCUGGCGGCUCUGGAGAAAGAUUACGAAGAGGUGGGCGUGGACUCGGUGGAAGCGGAGGCCGAGGAGGGGGAGGAGUACUGAGCGGGAGGGCGAGGCGGCCCCCCUUCACCCUGCUCUGUAACGUUCCAGAUGUGUUUACCUAUUAAAGUUUCUGUAUUGAG